GUUUCAGGUCGUUUCUAAUUGGAAAAAAAAUACCAGUAUUCUAUUUCUUUUCUCUGUAAUUUAAAAUCUACAUGAAAAUGCCGUAUAAUUAUAAUUUUGUGUUUGGUGAUAAAAACGUUCAAGUACCGGCACAUUUAAAUUUUGGGCAAUUCAUGUUGGAACAUAUCCGACAGUGGAAUGACCAAAUUGCAAUAGAAAAUGCUGAUACAGGUGAAAAACUAUCGUACAAAGAAAUCGCACAGUAUGUUGUGAACCUUUCCGCGUCUUUGACGAGCCUUGGAGUCGGAAGAGGAGAUACUGUGGCACUCGGGUCGGAAAAACACAAUGAAUUUGUUCAGACUUUGCUUGCAAUUGUAUUGACUGGAGCCACCUAUACACCUUACGAUCUGAAAGUUGGAAAAGCCUCGUUAAAACACAAACUAAGUGUAGUGAAACCUAAAUAUUUUAUUUAUUCAAAUAAGUUUUGGUUGACGUACAGCGACGUCUUAAAGAGUUUUGACUGCAUACAAACGUACUUCACUCUGGAAGACAACAGCGAGGGUGUGGUUUCAAUAAAAAGCUUAGCUUCCAAAUAUGUCGAUGUGGAUCUGUUUGAACCGACGCCGGUUCAAGGACAAAUAGAUACAGCAGCUGUAUUAUAUUCAUCAGGAACUACUGGUAUGCCGAAAGGAGUUCAAUUAACUCACUUGAAUUGUAUACUAAGCAGUCUACCUUCUAAUUUCAGCUACGAAUCUCUGCAGACAGUUUUCAUUUUUGGUGAAUGGUAUCAUAAUUACGAUACAUUUAUGACGUAUAAAUUUUUAACGAAGGGAAAGAAAAUUGUUUACCUGGAUAAUCCGAACCCAACUGCAAUUCUUAAAACCAUUGAACUUAUGAAGGUUAACAUUGGAUUUGUUGUGCCAUCUUUUGUCCAUUAUAUUUCGAAAAAUGAUGAAGUAAAAAAUCACAAUUUAGAUUCUCUGAAAAUAAUUUAUUCACGCGCAAGCCCUCUUCAUAUUAAGACCAUGGAAAAAGUGAAAGAAAGAUUACCGAAAUUAAAUUAUAUAAUUCAAGGGUAUGGGAUGACAGAAGCUGGAGAAUUAAGUUCAGAGUGCUGGGGCGAUAAAGGAACUAAACUUGGGAGCGUUGGUAAGGCUACACCUGGCAUUAUACUAAAGGUUGUAGAUCCCGAAACCCGUCAAGUACUGGGCGCAAAUCGUCGUGGCGAAAUUUGCCUUAAAGGACCUGUUUUUAUGAAGGGUUACAUAGGAGUAGACCCUUCAAUUUACCUAGACGAGGAAGGUUUCUUCAAAACGGGGGACUUAGGUUAUUACGACGAAGACAAAUACUUUUACAUUGUCGAUAGAUUAAAGGAAAUUAUUUCAUAUAAAGGAGACCAGGUUCCACCCACGGAACUAGAGACUGUCCUGUUACUCCAUCCUGCAGUGAAAGAGGCGGGUGUGGUCGGAAAACCUCAUCCAGAGGACGAUGAACUGCCAACAGCCUUUAUAGUUAAGCGCCCGGGAUUUAAUGUUACCGAACAGGAGUUAAUUGAUUUUGUGGUUACAGAAGUUCCACCAUAUAUGGAAUUGAAAGGUGGUAUUCGAUUUAUAAAUGAAUUACCAAGAAAUCCUAGAGGCAAAAUAUUAAGAAGAACUCUUCGCGAUAUGCUUUUAAAAGAACAGUAAAAAUAGAUAUUUAACAGUUAUUCAGGAAAUAAGUCUUUUCAAUUUUUACUUAUCGUAUUUACAUAUAAUAUUGGUAUUUAUACAACAUAACGUGUACUUUUACCCCAUUAAUAAAAUAUCUUAAUUUUUUUUUCUGUCUUGAAAGAAAUCAAUUCAAUAAAGGUUUGUUUAUUAAU